AGAAACAAAAAUGUGUACUCAAUGAUGAAUACAAUUUAAUCUCUGCUGGUCUAAUUAAGGAGGUUGAUGUUCCAGGGUUAGGGAAAUUUCCUGUCGUGGAAGAUGAUAAACCACACGCUUGUACGGAUAUCACGGUUUCAGCCAACAACAACUCUCAGUAUACACAUUGUGGUAACCUGUAUUCGAUCAUUACUCACUAUAAGGUUAUUUCUACACUUAGUCCUAGAGUCAAAUAUAUUAUUGAAAAGGCAGGAUGGGAUAGACUGCUGAACAUGGAAGUGGGCGAAUGUCCGCAUGCCAUGGUCGAAUAUAUUGUGGAGAGUUUUUGGGAUACGACUAAUACUUUCAUUUCCCUUUUGGUGAGAUGGGGUUUACACCACUUGAUUGGGUCAUGUUGACAGGAGUGAAGAUUGGAGAUGGGGUUGAUGUUCCGUAUGAUUCUGAAAAAUAUCAAUUUGAAUAUGUCUGUGAUAAUAUUUUUCCAGAUAUCCAAGAUGCGUCGCUUUGUGCAAAAGGCACGUCGUGGAAAUCUAAUUCAAUUACAGUUAAAUUCAUAUUUCGUACCAAAAAAAUUACGUGAGGCUGAAAAUGAUAAAGCCAUUGCUGAAAGAGUAGCAACUGCUUUUUUUAUGUAUGUUUUGGGACAAUUUUUGUUUUCUAAUGCAAAGAACUAUAUUGAUGUUGGAUGGUUAGCUGCUUUUGAAGAUCUUGAUGCAGUUUCCACCUAUGAUUGGGGUGUUGUCGCUUUUUCGAGAUUGUAUGCGGCACUCCGUAUAGCUGGUCGGAAACGGAAGUCGCUGAGCGGUCCCUUCCAAGUAUUAGAGUUUUGGGGAUACGAAUAUUUGGGCAUAUGUGCACCCGAGCUAGUCCAACCUUCUGGAUGAUCAACACAUAUGACCUAGAUGUAGUAGGUGGAAACCAAAGAAGAAGGUGGUUGAUAUUGUCCGUUGUAGAACUUUACUUAAUAAGUUGAACGCGAACCAAGUUACAUGGCAACCCUGGGAAUCAUGCAGACAAAUUCUUGAUUCUGAAAUUGGAAAAAAAACUAUCAUGCUAUCAAACACCAGGGUUAUAUUUUCUUGGAAUGUCGUUGUGAGUAUUAUUUAAUGGCUUUUAUGAAACAAUUAUUAUUAGAUUGCAAUAACACUGUUAUGAUACUAAACUUACUUACUUCAUGCAUACUCCCUUGUUAAUUGUAAAACAUAACAUGUACCCUGGAGAAAGGUGUUGGAGGCAAAACCAUCCCACCUAUGUUGUUUCCAUAGAUGACCAUACAAUAGUUGGGGAUAUCGAUGAUAAACAAGGAAAACGCCUAAUCGAGGAAGGUUGGGUAGAUGCAGUAGAUAUUGUGAAAGUUGUUUCGUAUGAUAUAUAUAUGCAAUAUUGGCGAAAGGUAACUAACUAUAAAGAUUAUGUAACAUAUCUCGAUUGGGAUGUUCCAUUAUAUGGGUAUG